UCAGAGAAACUUGCAGUCUUUUAAAAUGGACAGAGACUGAAGAAACCAGAAUUAUAGAAACAAUACAGAUAAAUAAUCACAGUAAAAUAAAACUAAAAGACAGCAAAACUUAGGUCAAUAUUAAUCUUAAUUCCAAAAGACUAAUGAUGAAACACUUCCCUUUUACUGAUACAAAGGGAAUAGACUAUAGGUGUGGAAUGUUAUAUAAAUUGUCACUCUGUUUAACUGUUUUUAUUAUAAGUCAGGGCUAUGUGUAUGUGAAGAAAUGGAACAGAGACGCUUAGCUGUCACAGGAUUUUGUUAUUGUUGUUUUAAAGAAAGACAAUUCCCAAACAUUAAACAUUUUUUUUUAAAGUAGUGAAUUUGUGGGUUGAUAGGCUGACUUAAGAUCUUUAAAGUUUACAUCUAAAAAUUAACAAUUAACAAGCAUUUAUUCUGUUCCACCACCACCACCCAAAAAUGAAAAAAAAAAAACCCUCUUGUAAUAAAUAUGCAUAGUCAAGCUAAGCAAAUUCCUUCAUUGGCUAUAUCCAAAAAGAUUUGUCUCUUACUGUAUUCUGAAUCUUAUUAUCUGUCAGGAUAUUUCAUUAUCAGUCCUUUGGAAUCAUGUUUUGUUAUUAUGUUGGUCAGAAUUCUAAAGUUUUUUGAAGUUGCUUUUAUUUAUAAUAUUGUUAUUGUAUUGUUAGAGUUCAAAUGUUGGAGUACUUGUUCUUCUCAAAGCACAGCCGAUUUAGAGGCUUAGAGCCCUUCGGAUGUCUCCAAAUCCAAAGGUUCUGUCCUUCAGCCUCUGCCUCUGCUUUCUUCAGCCUCCAACCAAUACAGAGAAUGUCCCAGCCAUCAACUUGCCGUGGAGAGAGGGCUUCUGGCGUAGCUCCACUGAAAUCUGUCAAAGUGUUCUCUGCACCAGAGUCGCUCCUCUGGAGUCCAGCGCGAUCAGCCAGCCAAGAGGAAAAAAUGUAUUCUGCCAUAGAUCCUUCAUCGCUGGCCUUUUAUCUGCCUCUUCUGAGAGAAUGGGAUUAUGGGUUUUCUCCCAUAGUGCUCUCUGGCCCAAUGAGCUUUAAGGGAGGUGUGGACUCCCUUGAAGUUAGAAAGUGUACUUUGUGAAGCUAGCAUACUUGUGGACUCCAAUGAGUAAAGGUGUGAACACAAGCCUUGUCUUAAUUAGUUCUACUUAGUACCUUGUUUCAGGUUCUGGCCAAAACAUCUUCUUGUAAGAUUAGAUCAACUCUAAUUAGUUAGCAGUUAGUAAGGAUUCCAACAUUGUAUAAACUAUUCUUCUAGUUUAGCUUUAUUUUGCAUCACCCCAUACAGGUUUUCCCAGUCUCCUCUCAAAUGGUUCAUUUUGUCAUUUCUUACGGCACAACAAUAUUCCACUUCAUUUAUAAACCAUACCUUAAUUGAGGGCUAUUCCCUUCAUUUCCAGUUUUUUCCUACCACAAAAAUAGCUGCUGUAAAUAUUUUUGUAGAUAUGGAUCUUUUUUCACUUCCUUUAGUUUUGGGGGGAUAUAUAGCUAAUAGUGGUAUUGGUGGAUCAAAUGGAAUAAACAGUUUGGUGACUUUGUGGACGUAGUUCCAAUUUGCUUUCCAGAAUGUCUGUAUCAAUCUACUACUACAUCAUCAAUGCAUCAUUAGUCAUUUAGAGUGUUAGUUACAAAAUGUGCCUUUUUUCCCAUAGCAGCAUCUACAACAUGUUCUUUUGUUUUUGCCAAUCUAAUAGGAAUGAAAUGGAAUCUCAGUUACUUUAUUAUUUCUCCAUUAGUGAUUUGGAGCAUGUUGAAGUUCAAAUCUAGGUAUCAUUGCUCAGGGACCUUUACUAAGAGAAAGUCCUAAUUUGGGGGCUUGAGAUACUGAAUUUGAUGAAGAAACCCCUUCCGUCCCCAGAAUGCUUCCUUCUUUUCAACAAGCCAUUAUCUCCUUUUGUUUUGUUUUUGGUUUUUUGGUCUCUUUAUUUUUUAAGACCAUAAUGACAGUAUUUUUGAGCUAGCCCUAAUUAGACUCCAGCAAUUCUAACAUACCUGGCAAGUCCUAUAUCCUUAACACCUCCUCCAUCACUUAAGCAUGACCAUAAAAAUAAUUUAUUAAACACUUUAUACAAUGCACAGUGUUCUUCAUAUUUCAAGAAUCCAUGAUUGCAUCAGCUGUAAACAGUUCAUGCACUAAUGCUGAGUGCAGAUCCUCUAAACCUUAGUUCUUUUCUUGGGUACUUGAGUACAUAUUAUCAUGCCUGACAAAAUUCACACUUGAUGGACUUCCAUUAAGUCCCUUGACAUUGCAAGAAUUAUAAUACAGCACACAAGGUAUCCACUUAUUAUCUCUAACUCUGACUUCAGUAGUCACCCAUCUCAAAUUAUCUUUUAUGUUGCUUUUUGUAUGGAAUUAAAUGGUACUAAGUUACUAUGUUGAACAUGUUUCUUGAUUGUCUUUUGGGUAUUCAACAAUUUUGCAUCCUUAAUGACUGUAGUAAUUCUGUUUCAAGGAAAAAUUUGGAGUCAUUGAAAACGUGGUACAAUUUUUCAAAUGCCACACAGCCUGCUCUUUUUUUCUGUUCAUCUGGGUCCUAUUCAUUGCUUCAUAUACAGUUUAAUCUGAGAUAUAUUAGUAGAAGUGUAAUAAAUUUUCCAACAAAGAAAUGUUUUUUUCAUUUUUCCUUGUAUCCCCAUUCACCAAUGUUUUACAUAUGACAGAUGCUUAAUAAAAGCUUGUUGUCAAUGGAUAAUAGAUACAUUAAUGAUCACAAUGAUAAAAUGCUUGAGGAAUUUCUGAACAUGUGAUCUACAAACAGAAGAAUCUGGGAAAGUUUAUCAUCGAUAGAAAAUAACCUCCAUUUGGACUCUGUAUUAAUUGCAUGAGUAGCCAACAUGUUUGACCAUCAUAGUUUCCUUUUAUAAUCUUGGUACUGAUAAUUAGAAGAAAAUUGAACAAACUUACUCUAUUGAAUAAACAUCUGUUCUUUAUGAUUUUAACAUAUAUAUAGAAGACUUCUUGAUGAAGCCCAGCUUAUAAAAGAAGAAUUUUGUUCUACCAAAUUAAAUGAUUUUAAAAAAUAAUAAACUCCAUCCGACCUUUUAUCCUCUGCAUCUCUCAGACAAUAUGGAACUAUGAGGUGGUUUUCUGGAAAACAGAUUUUGAGAAAUGUCAACUACACUUUCUAGCCUAGCUUCAUUUCCAACUAAAGUGUCAUCUUCUGCAAGAAAGCUUCCCUCAAGUGAUUUCCAAUUUACCCUGCAUUUUUAUAAUUGUAUUAUUUGUAUACAGUUUUUAGUAUAGUCUUCCCCUAUUAGACUGUUGCUUCUUGAGGACAGGGAGUCUUGGUAAGUGUCCAAAAAAAGUGUGUUAGGCUCAGAAUAGGUAAGAGAGUUCAAAUCCCACCUCAAAACUCUUAGUAGCUGAGGGACUCUGGGCAAAUCACUUAAACUUUUGGCCUGUUACCCUAUCUGUAAAAUACAGAGGAUACCAUUACCCUCCUCAUAGUGUUGUUUUGAGGUUCAAAUGAUAUUUAACAAACAUCAAAUGCUUUGCAAAAUGCUAUAUAAAUCCUAAUUAUUGGCUAUUGCUCUGCGCAUGCACAGUAUGCGCUUAAUAAGUGUUUAUUGGCUUGACUUGGAGGAGCUCUGAUAACAGGGAGUAUUUCCUCUGCCGUUUCUGAGAUGAAAAAAAAAACAAAAACAAAAACAAAAACUGUUAGCUUCCUGGUCCGGUAACUGGGUGUAUAGGGGAAAACAGAAGGUGACGUGGACCAAAUAAUUUGGCCUCAGUCAAUUCUCAUUUUCAGGGCCAGGUAGUGACUCUGGUCCCGGACGCCGGUCUACACUUGCCCCGCGGAAAAAGAUAAGUCGAGACAAAAAAAGCUAAGCGGAUCCCGGGUACGCCCACACUUAAGCAUAUGCGCGCACGUUCUCCUUUUAGCUUCCAGGUUUCCACAAAGUUGAACUCCCUAAAAGGUAGGCCCAAUUUGCAACUUCUCAGCCCGCGGCUCACGUUUGUUCCUCCUACGUCAUUAGCCGUUCCACCAAUCAGCACCCGGCAGAUAACCGCUCCUUAGCUGCGGGCCUACCACCGAUCCGCCUCCCCGAGAUAAUCGAGCCGAAUUCAGCCCGGCGACUGAAAGCGUCCUGGAUCGCGGCGCAGGCGCAGUAGCAGUCAGGGUCCCCUCCGAAAGCAGAACGUACGCUGUUUGGAAACAGAAUGGUGCUGGAGAGUGUGGCCCGCAUCGUAAAGGUGCAGCUCCCAGCCUACCUCAAACGUCUUCCAGUCCCGGAGAGCAUUACUGGGUUCGCCCGGCUCACAGUUUCAGAAUGGCUUCGUUUAUUACCAUUCCUGGGUGUACUUGCACUGCUAGGUUACCUUGCAGUUCGUCCAUUCCUCCCAAAGAAGAAACAACAAAAAGAUAGUUUGAUUAAUCUCAAGAUUCAGAAGGAAAAUCCAAAAGUAGUGAAUGAAAUAAACAUUGAAGAUUUGUGUCUCACUAAAGCUGCUUACUGUAGAUGUUGGCGUUCUAAGACGUUUCCUGCCUGUGAUGGAUCACAUAAUAAACAUAAUGAAUUAACUGGAGAUAAUGUUGGUCCACUAAUACUGAAGAAGAAAGAAGUAUAAGAGAGUUGGACUGAUUACUUUUAACUUCUGUGGUAUAAAUUCAUAUUACAUUGUAUUUUUCAAUUAUUUGUGUCUACAAGUGCCUUUGAAUGGCAUAGAUUAUCUUUAGUAGUCUUAAUUACUGUUGUUGAUUUGAUCACUGUUUCUGCCAUUUAGUUUUCUUACUACACUACUGUUUUGUAUUUGAUACUUUGUAUAUUCAGAAGAAUCAUAUUUAUGUAGAACUUAAAAACUGAACUAGCCUUUUUAUCAUGAAACUAUAGGUUCCUUUGUGUUUUAGCAAUAAAAUCAUAUUCCCGGUACUGAUGUUUAACUGUGAGAUUGUUAACCCAAGAUUUCUGUAAUACUCCUAAAAUUAUUUAUCUGUAUUUAUAUGAUAAUAGUGUUUUCAGUAUCUACAUAACUCCUUUUAUUUUCUGCAGUGUAAAAAUACAUAUUUUUCAAACACUUCUGUACUUUAAAAUUAUUUUUCUUCAAUCUUGUUAUCUUUAUAUGAGUGUAAGAUAGCAAUAUGUUAAGUAACUGGGAUAAAGAUAGAUUUUCUGCUUUAAGGAUCCUAAUGCAAUAUGGGUCCCAACUGGAGAAAGCUAGAUGAACAGGAUUUUUAAAAAUCCAAAUAACUUAAGGAGUGCUUAUUUGCAUUACAACAAGGAUUCUUUGGUUUACAGAUUCUUCUAAAGGAACUUCUUUGAAUAAAAAUUUAUCUGAUAAUAGCAUUAUUAAGACCUAUUAGCUUGAUAAGGAUAAGGGAAGAACAUUUGGAGAUUUUUUUAGUUUCAACUUGUGAUUUUGUGGGUGAUCAUAAAUAAAGUUAAAAUUAUCAUGUAAGACCACACAAAAAUAAUUCAAUUCUAAAGAAGUUGAUAAAGACAAGAAAGUUUUUUAAAAUAAAUAUUUUAUUGGGAAAUUACAAAAAAA